UGCACCGUAUCGCAAUAUUCUGUGAUUCAGUAAAUUUGAUAAGCUAAUAAUUAACACUUUGUGAAUUUAGUAACGAUGAAUUUAAAAAUUGCAUUUAGUAUUAUUUGAGUUUGUAUUCAUGAUGUAGGUAUCUACAUAUUGUUUGCUUACGUUUUUGAACGUGUUUUUCGUGAUGUGUUAAUGCAAACAAUUUCAUUUUCCACAGGAAUGAAAUAAUGCAAAAAACCAAAUUUGGGAGCAGUACUUUACACAUCUUGUUGAUUCUUCUAUGCACCUUAAACAACCUAAUAUCAGUCAAUGGUCAAGAUGAACUAGACAUACUGGAAUUUUCAACCGAACUUUCAGAACCUGCUUCGACACUUGCUCCAGAAACAUUAUACUGCCAGUAUUUCAGAAAAUAUGAUGGCAGCGUAUGUCCAAAUAGAGAAUUCCUUUCCAAAAGAAACAACUUCAACUAUACAGAAAAUGGUGACUUAAUUUACGAGUACGAAAACAAAUCAAGAAGUAUUUUCAAAUCGGGCACAUUCGCCAACGAAUCCUCCUUCAAACAAGGUAUUUUUCACUGCGGACAAUCCAGCCCUAUUUUCGAUAUUCGAAGAACCAAUUACGAAGUGAUACUCUCCUCGAUCUCCAUCAUGUUCCUAGUCAUUUACUUAAUCAACAACGGACUCAAAAGUUUCCAAAAUAAAGUCCUGUAUUCGUACUCCAUCAUGUUAAUCAUGCUUUACCUAUCAUUCAUUGGUAAGAUUUUAACCACGAUAUGUAUUCUAGCACAGAUACGUAAGGUUUUAAGACUCUUUUACUGCGUUUGGGCUGCAUUGAUGUCCAUCGAGUUCUGGAGGGUGACUUAUUACACGUUGAGAAGUCGCAGGUUAUCGACCAAAGGGCAAAAUAAGCGAUUUUUAAUAUACUGUUUCUUCGGAUACGUAUUGCCUCUGAUAUACGCGGUUGUUUUUUUCUUCAGUAAAUUCAACAAAAUGCUAAAUUGUCCUUCGGUUACUGGUUACUCGAUUUUACCAUGUCCUGCUAUUACAGCCGGUCGUGUGUAUAAAGUUUUGCAAAAGGUUAGAUUCGCAGGAUUCACCAUACUCGCUUUGGUUUUAUUUUUACAAGCCUGCGUGCUGAUUUAUUUUGCGAAAUUUUAUCGUAUUCAAUCGACUAUGAACCGAAAAUAUCUCGUUGUGCUGAUCAAGAUAGCUUAUAUGAUGGGUAUUUACUGGAUGAUAUUCGUGUAUUUUAUUUUAUUUAUUCCUCGAAGCUUUUUUUUGUACAAUUUUAUGAGGACGGCGAUAGAUACUGUAUUUUUAUAUCCGCAUGGUGUAUUUAUGUAUUUUGCGUUUGGUUUCGAAAAUACGAGAUUGAAGAGUAUGUUGACUGCUGGAAAAUCCAUAUUUUUUGUUUUAAAGUACCGAAGUCGAUCAAACCAGAAAACCCAAGUUACGAAAGUCGACUCUGGUAGCGUCAAUGGUGUGAUAGGAACAAGCCAAACGAGUUCCCUUUGAAAAGAUUUUAAAUUAUCCGAUGUAGGUACCUACCUAUGCUUUUGUAUUAUUUUACUGAAAAAUUUCUAAAAUAAUCUUGGAUUGAAUAUUUUACAUAUUAAUUUUUAUAUCGUUUUGAGAAAUCUCAAAAAUACUCAACUUCUCAAACAAAUGCUAUGUUUUUUUGUUUUUUUUUGGUGGGGUGAGGGGCAAAGGAAACGUGAUAUUUGUGUACCUAAUUUAUUUUUAUAUCCUGUAAUGUUUUUAUACCUUUGAGAAAAUAAAAC